AUGCCCGUAACUAAUCGAGGUGUAACACACCUUACACCUGACACAACCUCGACAACGUCAACUCGCAGCAACUACUUGAGCAAGUCUCCUCCCUCCUUUGAAACUCUUCAAGCUGCUCUCGCUAUCUUUGCUGUUGCUGUCAUUGCUCGGUUUUGUGCUAUACAGCUCUACCUAUGGUUGCGACACAUGCGCGGCUUGGACCAGCAGACUCUCCCUACCAGGUCCACCAUCUCAUCCUUCCCACAUCCUCGACUCUUGCAGUCGCGACCUGUUUGGACAAUGAAUGAGAAGAACAUCACGCCGCCUACUAACCCAGAGGAUAUUAUUUCUGAUAAUGGGUUACAAAUGAAGCCAACAGAGAAGAAUCUGGUCAUCAACCCCAACUGGCAAAGUGCGCACAUCAUAUCGCGACCACCUCCUGCACCACCUCUAACACCGCCCGAGUUGAGCACUACGGUAUUCACCUUUGAGGACCGUCCGCGACCUGGGGAGGAUAGUUUUAUUCGUCAGCCAAACCCUGAUUACAUGUCAUCAACGACCAACGCUAUCAUGUCUCCCAGCUCAGCAACGUCAGCCACACGUCGACGUUCUUACAACAAGACUCUUCCUAUCGGAGUUCCCGCUUCUCAGUCAACCCAAGGCAUAUCGGAUACUGCCGAUCUUACCUUUUCGCCCAGUUCCUACCCACCCACAAGCCCAUUGCUGCCACCAGCCCCACCAAACGCAGGAACAGGAGAGAUCGGCGUCCAGGGCAAUAUCGUUGGUGUUCUCGAUACCGACGGCGCCGGUUGGACAAGACAUACACGUGUCUACGGUGGCGGAGUCUGUCUUGCGUGUGCAGCCUCGGGCGGUGAUCACGGGGGCGGUUUCUACGGAGCAACCGUUCGACCUGAGGAAAUGCGAUGA